UUGAACAGUUAAUAACUUAUUACAAAAAAAAAACAAAAACAAGAUGAACAAAACAAAUAUCCUAUACAUAGGCUAGAGGUAAAUAACCUGUCUUCAUUAUCCAGGGUUUAGUUUUUAACAAUAAGCAGAGCUCUGCCACAACCUUCUUUUUCAACCUCUCCCUCCAUACUGAGCCAGGCUCUGGCUUUAUAUACCUGAGCUGAGGUAAAUCCCGCCCAGGACUAAUCCAAAAUAUUAACAAAUAUACUUUAAAAUCUUAACAGUGGCCUUCUAAAAUCCCACACAGCAAUAAUAAAUAACAGUGAUAUCAAUAACAGUGUUUAAAAUAACCUUAUCAAUCCAAAACAUAUUACCAUUGUAUAAAUAUUUGUUUUAAAACCAACAAGUGCUUCCUUCCCCAUUGGUACAGUCCCAGAAAAUACGGUAAGUACAAUACGGUAAAAAUGAAGGCUGAACCGCGCCUCCACAUGGCGACCUCUCGGCAUUGCUGCCCCUCACAAACGUGGCGCCGCUAAACUAAAAACUUUUAACCAAGUUUGCCAAAGUUAAGCUAAGUCCACUUUAAUUCAGUGAACUUGAAAAUAAUUGCAAACCGUAACUUUUUCAUCCAGUUUAGAAUAUAUUAAAAUUAUAACCCGAGAAGUUCGAUAUGAGUUUUAAUACAGUACCUUGUUUCUGUACUGCUUUCAUGGCGUCCACGUCUCACUCUGCUCAUGCGUACCUGUCCAGGGGGAUAUCAGCGUUCAGCCUUUAGAAGCUUCUUUUUAACCACGGCUGUUCUACCUGAGAUGAAACCACAGAAUGGACCCCAGCUAACAAAUCAGGGGGGGAAUAUCAACCUUGUUGUACAUGCGUCCCCCCCUGCAGCACCGGUGCAACCAGCACCAAUGCAACCGGCACCAAUGCAACCAGCACCAAUGCAACCAGUGGGACACCUGCCAGCUGCAGCAAUGCACGGCCAAAUAGUGCAGAUGCAACAAAUGCAACAAGGGUACCCGGCUCCUCAGAUUCAACAGCCCUAUGUUAUCAUAAACACGAAUCUCGGAGACUCCCCCUGCAUGACGAGAUGCUCCAACUGUCAGCAGCAGGUGCAGACCAAGGUUGAAUACAAAGCCGGAGGGUUCGCCUGGCUCAUGUGCUUUGUGUUCAUUUUCUUUGGGUGCAUUCUGGGGUGCUGCCUUAUACCCUUUUUUGCUGACGGCUUCAAAGAUGCGCAUCACUCCUGCCCUAACUGUCAUCAGAACCUGCAUGUCCACAAGCGGCUGUAGCAGGUCAGGCUGGCCUCGUUCUGCGAGCAUGCUGGCUUCAGAAGUAUGUCACUUCAUUUUGUUUUCUUCUUAAUUCUCAUUUCCGUCAUAACUGUGUUAACUAUUAACAUGGGAGUAUGUGCAUUAUGUAUCUUAAAACAAUUGUAAUACUAAACAACUUGCAUGGAAGAUUAAAAGAUAAUGACUCAGAAUUUUGCCUUGCAUUUUCAUUUAGAAAGAAAGAAUAAAGAAAGU